AUGACAAGAUCAAGGUACACGCCCUCCUAUCCUCAGGGCCCAAGCGCGUACCCUUUUGCCCUAAUCGUCGAUGUCCAUCAUCCGUCAGAUGCCCCGAUAGUCGAUGCGCGUCCUCCUCGGUUUGACGACCCCGAUGCGCUCUACUUUCCCGAACCCCCACCCCCCUACCAACACCCUCCCGAGUAUGAAUCCACGGUCAACCAGUCCGCGGGCGAAAUGCCCGCACAGCCGACGACGCUGCCCAGGAUGGACAUUCGCCCGUCACGCAGGCUCGAGUACCCGCUCAAACAGGAACAUCAUGAAGCCAUCGCGCGCAUGGUCAGCCUCGCACUCGAUAUCCUGGAGCACCAAAUCGGGCAAAUCCGCCAGAUGAGGAAAUGGGUAGACUUUUUCCUCCAGGCGAUUCGUCACUCGUUCCCGCCCAUUGAGGUAGAGAACAUCAAUCGCAAAACUCCUCUUCCAAAGAGGCUCUCUGGGCACAGAUACUAUGGAACCUUUGGCCGGCACGACUGGGUGGCGGCUGCAAAGGGGAGGUGUGUAUCGAAUUGCAGUACGCCGAGCAACGAGAACGUCAUGCUCCAUUGGAAGGCCGCGGAGGCCGGAGUCAUGCAGCUCGAUUACGAGCCGAUUGCAAGCAUGGAAGCAGUAAAGGCCUUCUCUUCUCAGGGCGGCGACAGCCGCAGCCGGCGGCGUGUCACUUCGAAUUACCGAGCCUUACUGGUCGACGGUGCCCUGACGAUAGCCCAUGAACUCGUUCACUGUUUUGUGGGCCUGCUGUCGGGAUACGGGUACCUUACAAAUACGCCUAAGAGUCUCAAACCUCCCGGUCUUUACAAGGAGAAGGACGGUGAGGCAGGAAGAACGUGGGAGCUCCGCGUCCUUGGAGGCUAUGCUGGAUUGUCCAUUGUGCGGGAGAGGGGCGAACAAAUCCCACGGGCACGGAUACGGCUUGAGUGGGACAACAAGGAAAUCGAGGUUGACCCUGAGGCUGUAAGGGCGAUGGUUGAGCGCAACUUCGAGUUUCCUCUCAAGACCAUUGGGAAGUGGGAAACUCGCCAAGGCGCUGGAAAUGGAAGCUCGUUGUUGGGUUCCCUCAGGCUGAGGUGGAGACAUAACUUGACCAAUAUGGAAUCGCAGACGUCUUCGCCGACUAGUACCUCUUCUCCGUCCUCCGGCUCUGGAAAGCCCACCAAGGCUCAGCAAAGCAGCUACCGCUUCGGGAGUUGCGCCGGGGACGGCUGGCGUAAGCGGCCAGAGCCGGACUGGGCGCCGACCUGUCCGUCCCAGACUCCGGAUACCCGAGAGCCACGGCAAUCCGAUAACGCAAAUUGCGGCUCCCACAUCACCCGCUCCGGCGAAGACCCCUUCUCCUGCGGCAAGGAAUCUCGCACCCGCGGUAAGAACUCCAGCGACAAUGAAUCCUCGGCCAUCGACGCCUGCAACAGCUACUCCUGCAACCCCCUCCGGCAGUAUCGCCCCAUCUUCUUGCGGUCGAGAUUCUCGAGACCCUCGGGCGGCUUCUCAGGUUAGCGCCCCCACUGCUACGCCAAAUUCAACACCCGCGGCAGUGUCAUCUGCGCGCGCCGGCCCGCCGCGUCAAGGGAACACAUCGGCGGCUACUUCCGCCACAGCGAACAACAGCGCGAGUCAGCCUGCGGAUGGUGGUCAUCCAGGUCCCCGGCCUGCUGAUAUGCAGAAGGGACUUGCAAAAGACUGAGGAGGUAGAAUCAUGAGCUGAGACCAGCGGACGAGGGCUGUGCGCAUGCAAUAAGGGAUAAGACACAGGAUCGCGACGGAGUCUGGGGUCAAGAAUGAUUUCGAUUGAAUUCUGUAUUUGUAAACGGAUAUAAUCAUUUGAUAAUCAGAAACAGUGAGACUUGGAGGACAGACAAACGCGCUCCCAUACCUUGAGGUGCUAAUCAAGUGCACGCGAAAGCCGGUCAGUUGUCUCCAGCCGCCUCGCUGAAGACGGGAGUGACAA